ACACACCCAGACCAGAUGAAUGCUGCAGACAGAAAUGCAGAGAACGAGAGAGGCAGGAUGUGUAUGAUUGAAGUGUUGAGAGAGCGAGGAAGUGUGAGGUGUGGAAGAAGAGGAGGAGAGAGGCGGACGAGGAGGGGAGGAUCGCCAGUUAGUCUAGUUGCGGUUUGGUGGGGAUUUUUGAGGUAUUACUGUCUUCCUCCCCUUUUAACGACCGCCCAUGAAUAUGACUUCAUCCUCCCCAGCACCUCAACCACCUCACUCGCUCCCACGCCUACAUACAACGCCAGUGCCUACGAGUGCCUACGGGUGCUGCCAGCAGCCUGCGGUCUACAGUCAACGGUCUGCUUCAUAGUGCUUCCCCCCUGCCUGGCUCUGAAGACGGCUAUUCAGUCUUCUAGCCUCGCUCUAAAGCUUGCCCUGGGACGCCCGCCAGUCUGGCUCGAUAUGGCAGCAGACACGGAAGACCCCCUUCUAUCCAUCCGGAUUGCUCUGGAAACGGAUGAAAUGAAACAACUGCCAUCCUAUAAGAGACGGUCCUGGCCCUGGAAAUGGGCCCUGAUCCGAUGGUUGCAUCUCCUUCGUGCUUCUCCACACGGCGUACCAAAGAUCAGAGGCAUCAUCUGUGCUUGA